GCGAAGGCUGGCACAUAGGCGGCAGACGGAGCAGUGUGCCAAUGAUGCCAUUGCGGGUCUCAACGCUCUCCAUCCUCCGCGCGAGCAGCGUGGGCCCAUCACGGCGGCUCAGCGGCUUGCUACCGCCACCAUUUUGAACGAGGUCAGAAUGGCCCCGAAGUCUGACACUCACUUUUCUCGCCGUGGAGCCGCGAAGGAGCUCCUGGCCUCCAGCCUGUCCUACACCGCGGACGAGGCACCGAGUCCCGUGGUAAGGAGCUACGUGCUGGACUACGAGCAAGCCAUGAUGAAGACUCCUGACGAGUGGUCCCGCGUCUUGGAUAGCGAGCCGCCCGUCACCCCCUACAUGGAUGAAGUUUUGAAGCGUGACCCAGCGGCAUACCACACUUUCAUCGGCGACCUGGUGAAGGCUAACAUGCUGGGUUUCACGUACCGCCCAAAGGAUUUAGUCACUCCCUUUUUCGUGGCCAAGAAGAGUGGAGCGCAGCGUCUAGUGUGGGACGCUCGAGUACCAAAUCGACGUGUCCGCGACCCGCCGCCGCUGGCCAUGGGGACCUCGGCGGCGCACGGUCGCCUACAGCUACCUGAUGAUCGUAAGGAGGACGGCAGCUUCAACACCAAGCUUUUCUGCGCCCAGGCUGACGUGCGCAACUACUUCUACGCUCUCGGCCUGAGGGAGGAGCUGGGACUGUUCUUCUCGCUGCCUCCGGUGUCGCAGGCUUCGUUGUCGCAAUGGGGGGUUGAGGCAGUGGACACUCCCGAGGGCCCCUCGGGGGGCUGGGUGUGGCCGUUCCUGCGGGUCGUUCCGAUGGGCUGGUCUUGGGCUUUCUGGCUUGGGCAGCGUGCGAAUGCGCACGUCUGCUGCUCUGCCUCGGGGCUCGGGUUCCCGCGGGUGCUGACCGAUCACGGUCCGGUGCCCCCGCUCGACGGGGGGGCCCCUUGCCUCCUCCCCUAUUGCGAUAACAUCAACGUAAUCGGCACCGACCCUGUCAGAUGCAAUGUUUUGAUGCACCAGAUCUGCGACGCCUGGAGGAAGCAUGGCGUGCAGAUUCACGAGGUGGUCGAGGCCACUGACGUCUUCACCAGCCUCGGCCGUCUGAUCGACGGCGCGUCUGGGCGAGUUUUCUCACGGCCCGAGCGCUCCGAGCGCCUCCGCCAAGCUUCACUGUGGCUAGAGCAGCGCCCUAGAGUCACGGGGAGGGAGGUGGAGAGGUACGUGGGUCAUCUCAUUGAUCAUCUGAUGCUGAAGAGGGAGCUGCUCUCGAUCCUCAGGAGUUUGCAUGAUUUCGUCAGAGAGUGCUAUCACGUGCGAGCCCGUCUCUGGCCCUCGGCUGCCCGCGAAGUCGAGCAGCGCCGUCGCCUGCUGCCGCUGAUGGCUGCCAACCUUCGGCUUCAGUGGUCGCCGACGGUCUUCGCUUACGACGCGUGCUUGACGGGUAUGGCCACGUGUCAGACAACACUGUCAUCAGAUCUUGUCAAGCGCAUCGGGUCAGUCAGUGAGAGAUGGAGAUAUCGCAUGCCUUCGGCUAUCUCGGCACGCCGUUCUGCUCUGGGAGUCCGUUCUGGAGGCUGUGAGGCCUCGGAGGGGCCGUUCGACGUCUUCAGCGACAUCGAGACCGUCAAGGCCCCCAAGAGUACCAGCAUGGACCUCAUCAAGGACCCCUGGGAGCUCAACCCGCAGUUCACAGAGGUGCCCGCACAGGCUCUGCAGGGCCCCCAGUGGAAGCAGGUGGUCUCGGCCAGGGUUCACGCCAAGGAGCCCAUCACUAUUAUCGAGGGGAGGGCUUCGAACAUGACAUCUCGUCAUAUCACGAGGGCCCAGGUGUCCCGCCUGCCCCGCGCGGUGUCCGUCAAGCGCCCAGCUGCCAGCCCCAAGAUCGCGCAGAAGAGCUUUUUGAAGGGCAGGCCGUUUGUUGGGGCGACGAAGGAGGAGAGGAUUGCUCACCGUCUGCGGGCCUCUGGGCCGUUCACGAUGGUGGGAGAGGACGAGAGGAGCUUCCUGGAGUGGAACGCGGUGGCGCCCGAGACCCAGGCAUGCUACAAGGGCGCCCUCGACGACUUCCAGACGUUCGUGGACCUUUUCGAGCUGCCGCUGCACACCGCGGCUCAGGUCGACCUGCCGGUGAUGAACUACGCCGACUACGCCUGGAGCAUCGGGCUCGAGAGAGCCGCCGUCCUGAAAACAUAUGCCGCGUACAUCUCGGCGCACCCCGACUUUUCCCGAAAGGGGUCGCUCCGCCUGCCGCGUUUCUGUCGGGCCCUCCAGGGUUGGAGGCGCCUGGACCCAGGCCAGACGCGCCCGCCCAUGCCCUGGCAAGUGGUCGCGCUGGUCGCGCUGGCGAUGGCCACGCAGCUGGGGUCCCCGCGCGCGGCGCUCAUGGUGGUGACGAUGUUCUGGGUGUACCUCAGGCCCUCCGAGGCCGUCGGCCUUCGCGAGCAGGACCUCUUCCUCCCCUCGGGCUCGUGCGCGGACUACGGCUUCAACCUGCACCCCAGCGCGAGGGGCGAGUGCAGCAAGACCAGCUUGUCGGACGAGAGCCUGCUCCUCGAUUCGGUCGAGGUGCCCUGGCUGGGCCCGCUGCUGGCGCGCGCGAGGUCGGGGGGCCCGCAGGCGCCGCUGUUCCGUCUCACCGCCGCGCAGCUGGGCGUCAUGUGGCGUCAGGCGCUGGAGCUGGCCGAGGUGCCCACCAAGUACGUGCCCUACCAGCUCCGCCACGGUGGCCCGUCGCACGAUCGCCUCAAGAAGUAUCGCUCCAUGGACGAGAUCAAGAGGCGCGGGCGGUGGGCCAGCGACUGCACGAUGAAACGCUACGAGGCCCACGCGCUGGUGCAGCAGGAGCUGGCGGCACUCCCAGUCGACGUCCGCCGCAGGGCCGAGGGGGCGCCCGCGAAGCUGCACGCCGAGCUCGAGAGGCUCCUGGCGCGGCCCCAGAGGCCGUUCGUCGAGCUCAUGUGCGGCUCCGCCGCCUUGGCCAAGGCCGUCCACGCCGCCGGCUGGGCUUCGGAAGACGCUGAGAAGGUGAGGAUCGCCAAUCGUCUGCUCGCUAAUGUUCUGCGCCUGCUGGCGGCGGCCGUCGAGGCGGGAGUCCCCUUCUCUCUCGAGAACCCUCGCACGUCUCGCCUCUGGCUGGUCCCAAAGCUGCUGGACAUGGCCCGCGACGCUCACGCCGAGUGGGCUUCUGUUGAUUAUUGCCAGUAUCAG